AGAAAGUACACCCUAAGUCUUGUUUUCAAUCCGGGCUGCAAAGAUGGGUGUGUGUGUGUCUCUGCCAGAACCAGUGAUGGCCGACCAGCUGCCUCCACAGCAGGGGGACACGCUGAUGAAUAAAUUCCAACAAGGGAACCUCCCCAAUGGGAAAGAAGUCAGCAAAGAUGGCCUACAUGCAAGGGGCCAGUGGGCUAGCAAGGCUGAGUUCCUCCUGGCCGUGGCGGGGCAGAUCAUCGGUCUGGGCAACGUCUGGAGAUUCCCUUACCUCUGCUACAAGAACGGAGGAGGUGUGUUCUUUGUGCCUUACCUCUUGUUCCUGGUGCUGUGCGGCAUCCCCCUCUUCCUCCUGGAGACCUCACUGGGGCAGUACACAAGCCUGGGAGGGGUCAGCGCCUGGAGGUCUAUCUGCCCAUUAUUUGGAGGUCUUGGUUAUGCCAGCCAGAUGAUGAUCCUUCAUGGCUGCGUGUACUACAUCAUCAUCCUGGCUUGGGCUGUCUUUUACCUGUCCAACAGCUUCCAGGCGGAGUUGCCCUGGUCGCACUGUAACAACACAUGGAACACCAAUGCAUGUUUCGUGUUCGACCAACACAACCAGACAGGCAAUGUGAGCAGCAGCAUGCCCGAGAACGCCACUUCCCCCGUCAUGGAGUUUUGGGAGCGGGAGGUGCUGCGCCUGUCCAGCAGUUUAGACAGUCUGGGUCCAAUCAACUGGAAUCUGGCUCUGUGUCUGGCCAUCGUCUGGCUCGUCUGUUACUUCUGUGUCUGGAAGGGAGUCAAGUCCACAGGAAAGGUGGUGUACUUGACAGCCACCUUUCCAUAUGUCAUGCUGUUUGUGCUGCUGGUGCGUGGUGCCACGCUGCCCGGAGCGACCAAGGGCAUCAUCUACUACCUCAAACCCAACCACACCCGCCUGGCAGACCCACAGGUAUGGAUGGAUGCAGGGACCCAAAUAUUUUUCUCAUAUGGGAUCUGUUUGGGGAGUCUCACAGCCCUUGGCAGUUACAACAAAUACAACAAUAACUGCUAUAAGGACUCUUUUCUUCUGUGCCUCCUGAACAGCAGCACCAGUUUCCUGGCAGGUUUUGCCAUCUUCUCUGUGCUGGGCUUCAUGGCUGAGGAGCAAGGCGUGGACAUAUCCACUGUGGCUCAGUCAGGGCCUGGUCUCGCCUUCAUCGUCUACCCAAAAGCUAUAGCCAUGAUGCCUCUACCCCAACUUUGGGCUGUCUGCUUCUUCCUCAUGAUCAUCAUGCUGGGGCUGGACACACAGUUUGUGAGUCUGGAGGCCCUGAUGACGUCGGUGACUGACCUGUACCCUCACCUGAUCAGACGAGGCCAUCGCAGAGAGCUGCUUCUGCUGUUUGUCUGCGUCAUCUGCUUCCUGAUUGGACUGGUCAUGGUCACACCGGGUGGUCUGUAUGUGUUCCAGAUAUAUGAUCACUUUUCCUGCAGUGGAGCCAGCCUGCUGCUCCUCUCCAUCUUCCAGUCUCUGGCCAUCGGCUGGGUCUAUGGAGCCGAGCGCUUCAGUGACAACAUCAAGGAUAUGACCGGCUACAGCCCACUGCCCGUCUUCAAGCUGUGCUGGAAAUACUUGACCCCAACUGUGUGCACUGGUACCUUUUUAUUUUCCCUGGUGUGUUGGACUCCGUUAAAACUAGGGAAAGACUUGGUCGCUCCAGGCUGGGCGACCGCGCUGGGCUGGCUCCUCACCCUCUCCUCCGUCUCUCUGCUCCCCAUCUGGGCCAUCUAUGCCCUGGCCACCACCCCAGGAACCCUGUCACAGCGCUUCAAACGCCUCUGCAGCCCUGACAUAAACUCAUCGCAGGCCCACCACUACAUCCCCGCCAACAACUGCAUCCCUACGCUGCCCCUCACAGAGAAGCCAAAGGAACCAAUCAGCAACACGAUCCCGGAUUGUAGGACUUGAUGACAUGAUGACAAUGUAACAUUGGAUGCUGCUCAGCCAAUCAGGUGUGACAAAAAGGGGGAGAGUUGAGAUUGGAGUUACGGCUGUUGGGUCCCAGUUGAGGGGUCGAUUAUAGACAGCCACUGUAUGCUUAGCAGCCGUCAGUCUCCCACCAUCCAUUCAAUGCAAAUCCACAAUUUAAUGGAGCUCUCAGGCGAUCUUUGUCAGUUUAUAAAGGUGGGAAAUAUCACGUCACCAUGAUUAUCUUGAACUAGACCAAUAAAGUAACACAGCAGGAUGUUUUUCCUCAUGUAGAAUAGAUAUCAUCAAUAGAGAUAUCAAUUCAUGUUUAUUUAUAUAGCGCCAAAUCACAACAAAAGUCAUGUCAAGGCACUUUACACAUAGAGCAGGUUUAGACCGUACUCAUUAAUUGGGGUUGAGGGAUAUAUGAUAUUUUAAGAUAUAUGGAUAUUUUUACCAUUAACCCAAUAUAAAGUCUGGAAAUUCAUGUUUUGAAGUCAAUCUUAAGGAAAUACCUAGUGAUAAACUGAAUGAUCGCCUGAAAGCACCAUUAGUUUUGCUCUCAGGAAGGUUAGACCGUCCUUUGGGGAGGAAGUAUAGCUUUAGUCUCCUUGAGAAGGUCUAGUCCUUAACUGGGACACAGUUUGCUUUACCUUUUAAGACCUUCUCCACCAGUGUUAUAGUCAUACACUCCUCCAUCUUAACUACUUUAUCUGCUUAUCAAGCCUUAAUUGUUUUUAAUUUAGCAGCUGAAUCACUGUAUUUGUGGACCAUUUGAUCAAUUCAAGGCACAGAAUGCAGCUAAUUAACCAUCCUACAGUUGUUAAGCAUUAAAGAGUGUCAUUACUUAGCCUAUCACUUUACUCUCUGUGAGAGAUCGUUUGCGUUAGCAUGUCAGCAAAGCUUUGGGCUGGAGUUUUCUGUGCACUCCGCUAUAUCAUGGAGUUAAAAUGGUUCAUAACAGGCCUUACAGACAACCAGCGGUGCCAAAGCCAGAUUAGCAUUGUACAAAUACAGCUUAUAACUGCCAGUAUACCAAGUGCUUGACUUGAUCCUUUCCUUUCCUAAAAUGGACAGUUGACACUCAAUCAUUAUACACAUCUGUCUUUAAAAAAUGUUGGCAUGAAAGUAGUUUGUAUGUUUGUUUGUUUUUUUAGUUGUUGUCAGGUGCUCUCUCAAAUGCACACGUUACAAGUGCAGUUCUUGCAAAAGUAUAAGGCAUCAUCAUGUCUUUGCACUGUACCAAAAAGUAACCGUCAAUACUCAAGCUGGGAAACAUGCAAUCAUUGUAUCUGAAUCAGCAUAUAUACAGUACAUACAAUUAUUUGUAGUUACAAUACUGCUGCUGCUGCUACUGUGUAGAGAAAAACGGUAAUCUCCACAGGUUUAGCCGACAUAUUUAUAGUGUGAUUGUCUGUAGAAGACUUUACAGAAUCUUAAACUGUAACGUGUGAAUGGUAACAUGCAGUAGGACUAUUAAGUGGCAAAUGACAAAAAUCACCUCUAUGCAGUGUAAGACAUUUAUAUUUUCAGAUUUUACAGUAUGUGUGAUUGGAUUGUGUAAUGUGUCUAUCUUUCACAAAAAUGAAUAGUUUUUAAUACUUGCCCCUGACCCUGUUAAUAAUAACAACCUAAAUUCCCAAUGCGCUUGUCAUAUAUCACCUAGACUACAGUCGCUCCAGUCUUUUAUAAUAUCCUAAGACAAGAAUGUGUUUUGAAUAAUUUAUUUUGAGGACCGCUUUCUUGCUUUUGUCAUCACCAUGAGGUCUUUUCAGUGUCUCAUUGGGGUUUAGAUUGUGAAAUGACCAAGAAUGUACUGUACACGGACGGAGUGAACUCUUCAUCGGGAAAAUGGAUGUACAUUGCAAAAAAUAGGGAUACAAUUGGGGUGAGGGAUAUUUCUUAAGCAAUAGUGACAUAUUUAAUGUGUUUAUAGAUGAAAGUUGAGUUUGUAUUUUUCAUUCAGAUGUUGGUUUGGAUUGAAAUCCGUUUUACGCUCUCUUCUGAGACUAAUUUAUCAUGAAACAAAUUGCAAAACCCAACUAGUGGGUUAGAAAUAUUGAUCUUUCUUUACAUGAGUGUUUUGUUAUCUCUGUUUUUAUUAGUUAUAAUUAUGUUUUCUAAGUGAAUAUAUAUGUAUAUAAACAU